AUGAUGGACCCAAAAAGGACACUCAAACAAUAUGGCAUAAUCCAAGACGAAAUGUUAUACAUCAGAAGAAGGUCACCUGCGCCGUCGGAUGUCACCGAAGCGGAGCAAUUCAGACAUACAUUACUGGGAAAUCCCCACAUGUUGGAACAGUUACGUCAAACUCAACUAGAACUUGCUAAUGCAGUAAAUGAUCCGGUUCGAUUCGCCACGCUGAUUCAACAGAUGAUGCAACGCCGAAAUGAGGGAGAACUUCAAAGGGCACAACAGAUCAGCCUGCUUAAUGCAGAUCCUUUCAACAUUGAAGCACAACGAAUGAUAGAAGAGAAUAUAAGACUGGAAAAUGUCAUGGCCAAUUUUGAUGUUGCUAUGGAACAUACGCCUGAAUCCUUUGGUCGAGUAACAAUGUUAUACAUUGAUGUUGAAGUCAAUAAACAUCCGGUGAAAGCUUUCGUGGAUUCUGGAGCUCAAACCACUAUUAGAACUGCCAAGAUUUUAGGAAAAAUUCACAGCGUCCCAAUUCGGAUGGGCAAUGACUUCUUGCCAUGUUGGUUCACAAUUAUAGAAGGUCGAGGAGUUGAAUUAUUGUUUGGGUUGGACAUGUUGAAAGGCUUUCAGCACGAAUUACCGGAAUAUGCGCGAACGGAUAAAAUAAGUGAGGUCACACGAGAUGAGUCAAGCAGCAGCACCAGUGCUAUGUCAAAUAUGCAAUCUUCACAAGCUUCCGGUACAACCUCAAAUUCGAUCUCAAAUUCUUCACCUUCAGCAUCACAAUCCCGACACCCCGAAGAACACAUUAAUAAUCUGGUUUCAAUGGGCAUCUCACGAACUGAAGCAAUUAAACUUUUGGACGCUGCGAAUGGCAAUGUCGAAAUGGCGGCGAGUUUGUAUUUCGGGGAAUAG